AAAGCAAUAGUAAUUCUGAUACGUGUGCAGAAUUCAGAGUUAAAUAUGUUGGUGCCAUUGAAAAACUGAAAUACAAUGAGAGCAAAAAUCUCGAAGGGCCACUGGACUUGAUAAAUUACAUCGAUGUUGCACAGGCUCUUGUUUGUUUCCCUCCAAAGCAAGAUGGAAAGUUACCUUUUGUUCCAGGUGAAGAGGAGUUUAUUAUGGGAGUGUCCAAAUACGGCAUUAAAGUUUCAACAUCCGAUCAGUAUGAUGUGUUACAUAGGCAUGCUCUCUAUUUAAUUGUACGGAUGGUCUGCUAUGAUGAUGGUCUGGGAGCAGGAAAAAGUUUACUGGCUUUGAAGACAACAGAUGCAGCCUCUGAAGAAUGCAGCCUCUGGGUAUAUCAGUGCAAUAGUUUGGAACAAGCACAAGCUAUUUGCAAAGUGUUAUCUACGGCCUUUGAUUCAGUUUUGAUGUCGGAGAAGUCCUGAUACUCUCCAGCAGCAUGGGGCUGUUGCACAAGAGGCCCUUGUGCGAGGAGGAAACGGGGCUCCUUCGGGAUGGCACAGACUGCCUGGACCUGCGCACCGACCUCCGAAAGACUCGCUGUGCGAGAAGAGCCGUGCGACCUUGCACGUGGUACUUCGUCAUUCCCCAAGCGUGACUUGAAGAAAUUAUUCCAUCUUCUGUUUCCAGGACAAUACAGAAUUUUAUAUUUAACAUGAGUUUUCCCCCCUCCUAAAUCGUGUUUUGUAUAUUAAUGUCAAUAUUGUAGAAAAGUAAAAGAAAACUGACACUUGAUUCU